CCUCUGUCCCUCCUCAGGUGGGUGCGGGGCUGUAGAUGAGGCUGACGCUGGCGGCGCGGAGAGGGACUCAGGAUGCUCUCUGUGCGCUGCUGCCUGCAUCUGUUGAUCUUGUUGGUGGAGGCAACUUUCAUUCUCAUCUUCUUCUUUUUGACCUCCUAUGACUCUUCUCAAAAGGAUCAGAAGACGCUCUUGGAGGCCUAUCAAGUCCUCCAGGAUUUUACCAUCAUGGCGGCCCUUGGCUUUGGCUUCCUCACUUCAUAUUUGCGGAGACACUGCUGGAGCACUGUGGCCUUCAACCUCUUCAUGCUGGCCCUUGGCGUGCAGUGGGCAGUCCUGCUGGAUGGCUUCCUGAGCCAGCCCUUUCAGGGGAAGAUGAUCAUCAACCUGUCCAGUAUCCGGCUGGCCACCAUGAGUGCCAUGUCAGCGUUGAUCUCGGCGGGCUCCGUCCUGGGGAGGGCCAACUUGGUGCAGUUGGCAGUGAUGGCCCUGGUGGAGGUGACAGCUUUUGGCGCCAUGAGGUUACUCUGCAAGCAACUCUUCAAUAUGGAUGACCACCAAAGCAUGAUGCACAUCCAUGUGUUUGCAGCCUAUUUUGGACUGGGUAUGGCCUGCUGCCUCUCAAAGCCUCUUCCCAACAAAGUGGAGAAGGACGCGCAGGCAGAGAAGUUUCAGAUGGCCACAAGUCCCACUCUGUUUGCCAUGCUGGGGACCCUCUUCUUGUGGAUGUUCUGGCCAAGUUUCAACUCCGCUCUGCUGAACGAUGCAAAUGAAAAGAAAAAUGUUGUGUUCAACACCUACUAUACCAUUGCGGUCAGCACGGUGACAGCCACCUCAGUGUCGGCCUUGAAUCACCACCAAGGGAAGAUUAACAUGAUUGAUAUCCACAAUGCGGUACUGGCAGGAGGCGUGGCUGUGGGUGCCUCCUGUCAUCUGAUUCCCUCUCCUUGGAUUGCUAUGGUGCUGGGCCUUUUGGCUGGGCUGAUCUCCAUCGGGGGAUCCAGAUGCCUGUCGGUGUGUUUUAACCAUACGCUGAGAAUUCAGGACCUCAGUGGCGUGCACUACACUUUUGGAUUGCCAGGUCUGCUGGGAGGGUUCGCUUACAUUGUGCUGAUAGCACUUGAGAUCUCUGGAAAACCUAGGGCUGGCUACAUAAUGCUCAUCAACGCUGGAGCACUCAGCUUUGCUGUGGCGAUGGGUCUGGGCUCUGGUCUCCUAACAGGUUUGCUCCUAAAGCUCAAAAUAUGGAAAGCGCCUUGUGUGAUUAAGUAUUUUGAUGAUCAAGCUUUCUGGGAGUUUCCUCACUUGGCUGUUGGAUAUUAAGCAAAAACACACAAAAAUAACAAGACUACUGAUCUCAGAAACAUGACGACUUCCUUUCCCUGUCAUCUACCUGCUUGUAUGUGACAUUCAUUACAGCAAAGUCUCUAUGUACAAUGCAACAAAGCCAGAUACAAUUAAAAAGAUUACAAAUUUGUUGAAGUGGCAACUUGAUAAUAGUUUUAAAUAAUGCUUAGCUUUAUUAAAGACAAUGCUAUCCAAA